GGCUAGACAGUUUGGAACUCAAGGGUGAUCUUGCUUCUCUCAAACACCAUCGAUGCUGAUUCUCUUGCCAUUGCUAUCCUCGACCGUGGUCACUUCAGAUCUCGAAUCCCAGCCAUGUUCAUGGAUCUCUUUGCAUAGAUGUGAAAAGUGUUCUUGAACUUGCAGAUGCGUUUGCAGAACGAUUUGUCGUUCCCGCGAUAUCUUCUCAUUACCAUCGUCUGUCAGUUUCAGGCCAUUUUUGUGCAUGGUUUUUGCCAUCGCAGACUCCUUGGUUUGGUCCCGAAUCAAGCACGCGUGAUACAUGCCGCGAAAUACGUCCUCCUCCGUUGCAUCCGCAAAGUACAUUAGAUCGACGCUCUGCUUGUGUUCGUGAAAACGAAUCAGGUAGGCCUCGUUCGGGGUCAUCUCGAGGCAUCGUUCGAGGUCGGCGGGGGUGUGGCAAAUGGUUUGCAACGGCUUUCCGAUGCUGAGCCACGCCAGGGUGGGAUCCGAAGCAAAGAGUGGAAAGAAACCUUCUUUCUUUGCAACAUCGGCGGGUGUAAGCAUUCGUUUUCCUUUUGUUUGCACGUAUUCUUCCAGGGCCAAAUACAAUCGAUGGCGGUUGAAGCGAGCCAGUGGGACGCUUUGCAAGCUCAGAUGUGUGCACACCUGGUGGAUGGCUGACAGACAAACAAAACAAAUUCCAAAAUUAAACGUGUCGUUGUGGAGAAGCGUGGAAAGACUGAUUCCGAGAGAGGUUCCGACCAGAGAUGCCAUCAUGCUCUGGGAUCCCGCCUUCACGGUAACAUCUCCCAGGUUUCCCGUGGUGGCCAAGGAUUGGUGCAGCGCUGCCCGACUGGCACUGGCGGUCAGGAAUCCAAUGUUUUUGCCAAUGUUGGCGAUGCUUGCCACCGGCAGAACCAGCGAGUGAUGACAGAUCGGCGCAAGAAUUUCCAUCAUGGUGGCUCCGUCGAGGGCCAGCGCCGCCACCAUCCGCCAGCGCUUCGGAUCACUAUCGAAGGCCUUCGUCUUGCCCAUUUGCGAUGCAAAGAGAAUCCCUCCAAGCUGUCCGAUAAAGUCCUUCAUGACCCAGUUGAGGGCACCCGAUACCACCGCUGCCUCGCUGUUUUGUCCCACGAUUCCGACCGCCAGCAACAGAGUCUGCGUGGACAGCACCAUCGCGGCCGAUCCAGCCACCGAGGCAAUGAAGCAAAAGGAGGCAAAACCCAGGUAUCCCGGUGCGACACUCUGGGGAUACCGAGCGGGGAGUAGCAGCGCUAUCAGCUUGUUGGGAAUAGAUUGCAAACCAGCACGCAGAAUGGAAUCGCUCCGGCAAAUCCCCGUCGUUCUGCUCUUCGUCGUGUCCCACAUUGUAUCGUCUCCAUGUUUGCCUGUUUUUGCAACGCGAUCGACGCUGCGGAAGGUGUAAACGCUCCCAUCCAUUUCAUCACUCGAUUCGUUCAGAGUGAUAGCGGGAUAUUCAGUCACUUUGAGUUUGGAGCGUUUUGGGGUCGCCCUGUCUUCGGUCUUUGUAGAAGAACACAAGCAUCGAUCAUUGUUUGCAGUACAGCCAUUGGCGAGACGCCAUUUGGCAUCACGCAGAGCUCUGGGACGACACCAGCGAGGAGUGAAAGCAGGCGUAGGAAAAGAGGAAGUUUUCUCGAAUGCAGUUCCAUUGCCUCGCUGGAAACGGAACGCCGGCUGCAGUAGCCUCGUUGCCCGAGACAUUAGAACCA